UCCCAGGCCUUCCAGCCUCCUGCGCACGCGCACAGCCUCGUGCAGACUCCCCGCGGGCCGGCUGGAGAGAGGCGGGGCUCCGGGGCGCGCGCGCGGCGACCUGGGCUGCGGGCCCCUCCCUUGGCGGAGGCGCGCGGCGCGGAGGACCGCACGGAAAGGGGGAAGUCAGGUGGCCGCUGCCGCCGCCGCCGCCGCCGCGGUUUGUCGCCAGAAGGAAAAUGGCGGAUCUGGAGGAGCAGUUGUCUGAUGAGGAGAAGGUGCGUAUAGCAGCAAAAUUCAUUAUUCAUGCCCCUCCUGGAGAAUUUAAUGAGGUGUUUAAUGAUGUUCGGUUACUGCUUAAUAAUGAUAAUCUUCUCAGGGAAGGAGCAGCUCAUGCAUUUGCACAGUAUAAUUUGGACCAGUUUACUCCAGUAAAAAUUGAAGGUUAUGAAGAUCAGGUAUUGAUAACAGAACAUGGCGACUUGGGAAAUGGAAAGUUUUUGGAUCCCAAAAACAGAAUCUGUUUCAAAUUUGAUCACUUAAGAAAGGAAGCGACUGAUCCAAGACCAUAUGAAGCAGAAAAUGCAGUUGAAUCAUGGAGAACUUCAGUAGAAACUGCUCUGCGAUCUUAUGUAAAAGAACAUUAUCCAAAUGGGGUCUGCACUGUAUAUGGUAAAAAAAUAGAUGGACAGCAAACCAUUAUUGCAUGCAUAGAAAGCCAUCAGUUCCAAGCAAAAAACUUUUGGAAUGGUCGUUGGAGGUCAGAGUGGAAGUUUACAAUCACUUCUUCAACCACUCAAGUGGUUGGCAUCUUGAAAAUUCAGGUUCAUUAUUAUGAAGAUGGUAAUGUUCAGUUAGUGAGUCAUAAAGAUAUACAAGAUUCCCUAACAGUGUCUAAUGAGGUGCAGACAGCAAAAGAAUUUAUAAAGAUUGUAGAAGCUGCAGAAAAUGAAUACCAGACCGCCAUCAGUGAGAAUUAUCAGACAAUGUCGGACACUACUUUCAAAGCCUUACGUCGACAGUUGCCAGUUACACGCACUAAGAUCGAUUGGAACAAGAUCCUUAGCUACAAGAUUGGCAAAGAGAUGCAGAAUGCAUAAGAUGAACACUGCAUGACCGGAUCAUUUUAGUGUCUUUGCGUUUUAAAAAAAAUCAUUGCAAAAGUAUUCAGAACUGUCAAGCUACCCAGUCAGGUGGGCUGUUGCCAUUUAAAAUCACUGUAAUUAAUUAGUUUGGUUAGAGCACAAAGCUUAGCUAAUCAACCAUUAUUUUUCUCAUUUCUUUUGUUCACAGAGGAUUGAAAAUCAGUUAAGUUUAAAUGUCUUUUACUUUCUGUUAUACCUAUCUUUCUUACAAUUAAGAGAUGAUUCCUCUAGUUUAAUGUUAAAAGUUUUUGAAGUUUUCAAAAAUAUUUUACUUAUCGUAACCCUAAAAUUAUUGUCUUUUGGUUUAUGAAGUGGGUAACUUUUGAUAUUUGCCCAGUUCUUUUUAAUGGGGUCAAUAAUGGACAUUCUAGUUUAAGGUGGUUGAUGGAUUUAGCCAUAUAUGCUGCUAAAGAAAUUGUCUACCUUUUCCCCCUCACCUCUUCCAUUUAUGUAAGAUUGAGAUUAGAGGGAAAGCAUUUUCUAUAUCAAUUGUGUUUGAACCUUUCAAGAAGGUUAUUUAGCUAGCUUAGUGUUUAACUAAACUUUUUUUAAACGAGGCCAAGGUCUAAUGCUGUUUUGAGAUUCUGAAAUUAAAUGAAAAUACUUAUUUCAGAAAUGCAUUUAAUGCUUCUUUUCUUGUGACAGUUACGCAAAUUAGCUUGAAUUCCAUAUGUCCCUGAGUUAUUUUUAUCAUAAAGCCACAAAUGUAUUAUAACAAGGCAAAUUGUAAUAUAUAUAAUCCUGAACUCAUGACCAUGUCUCAGUUUAUUUCUUUUCUUGGAUUGAAAAGUACUGAAAUUCAGUGUGACAUUAAAAUGAAAAUUUUCCUAUUUAUUUGAGUAGAAUAUCACUUAUCAGUGAGUCACAUACUAUUUUAAAAUACUUUCUUUGGAUAUUGUGAUUCUUAACUGGUUGUAAAUUAGAAAAGCUGGGAGUACAUAUGGUGUGCAUUACAGUCUAAAUUUUUCCGUCUUCCUAUGCAUCAUAAGCAUGUUUGUAAUAUUUUAAAAUAUACAUGUACUGAUGCUACAGGAUUCCAAACCUGUGGUGAAUGUUAGUAUUUACUAUAGAGAGUGGGGUGGAUUUAUGGUUUCAUUCAAUCGAGUAUUGCUUAUUAUACUCCAGUGGAAUCCCUUCCUCACAUACUCCUGCAGAUGUCUGGGCCUGGAAGUGUUUUUUUUUUAAACACCACUUUUAUUAUGUACAAUAAAAUAUUUCAUUAGCUUGAAUUGUAUAGAAUUUAAAAAUUUCUCAGUGAAAGCAUGUUAUUUAAUUCCUUUUUAAAAAUCAGUGUUGGGCAUUGAAAACAUUGAGAAUUUAAUAUGAAAUUUGAUGGUUUUGGUUAAAUUGUUUUCUCUAAUUUUAAAAUACAAGUUUUGCCAUAUUGGGAUUUCUGAAGAAAAUGAAUUAGCAAUGUUAUUUUAUCUCUUCCCUUUUUAAAAAGACAUUUUCAAAAGUCUUAUGAUAAUUCUGAGCUAAGUACUAGAUGAAUCUUAAUAGGCUAGCUCAGUCAUAUCAGUUAGACUGUCAUGGUGUGUUUCCCCUGAAGGUCAAUUACUUUGGCUAUUUUAUGGUCUAGAGUGUUGUCUUGAAAAUACAUGCAGUUGUCUUGAAGGUGAUGCCUUAAGGCUGAAGUAUGAAGGCUAGGGCAAAAUUAGGGGAACACUUAGGAGGCUGACCUAAGUUGAGAGCAAAUGCUGACUUGGUCUGAGGUGGUAGCUAUCGGCUACAGAGGUGGUAAGUUUUGGGUAUAUGUUAAAGGUGAAAUCAAGAAGAUUUGCCCAAAGUUUAAUUGCAGAAUGUGAGAUAAAGAGAAAUGUCAGAGACAUUUUGGGGUUGAGAAAUUGGAGAUUUGAGGGGAAGGGCUGGUCAGGAGCUUGGUUUUAGAUUUCAAGGGGAAAUACCAUGUAGCAGUUAGAUACUGGAGACAGGAGGUAGAGGGGUACUCCUGGCUGGAAGAAUGGGGGAGUGAAUGGGCCUGGGCAACAGGGUUUGGUAGCCAGGCAAAGUGAAGGCUGACUCAAGGUUAGUGAUGAUUUAAAGUGAGACCAGUGAGUAUGGCUCUCUUAAGCACAUAAAGCUGCAUGGGUGCAGGCAUAGAGUAGAUGAACUGAAUUUAACCAAAGUUGUGGUUUUGCCAAGAGAGUCUGACUAACCACAGGAAGAGGGGGGCAGGGUUGUAAUGAUCACCUGUGGAAUUUAAGGUAGGUAAGUGGGGGAAAUGAGGCCAAGAAAGGAAGGGAGGGAUAGUGAGAAUGGGGUACAAUCAGUGGAUUAUAUAUGGUUAGAGUUGGGGUACUAGAAGGGAAUGACCCGGAAAUGCAGGAAGCAGUGGUUAGGGUGAUGUGUUUAAAAUUGAGAUUUUGAGGAGUUAACACUUACUAGUCAUAACAAUAUGAUCAAGAGAGUUACUGGCUAAAGUAGGAGGGGACAGAAGUUCAAGCAGCUGUGAAGCCUGGGGUUGCUGUGGGUAUAAGUAAGUAUUCUGACAUCAGUGCUGUUUUUCAGGACUGUUCCUAAAUACACAUUUAUAAUACAUUUGUAUAAGUUAGGUAAAUAUAUGGUACAGAUAUUCAUGAGGCUUUCUUCAUUUGGGAUUUUGGAAACUAAAAUGGGAACCAGGAACAUUUUUAAAAAGGUGUCCUGGAAGUUCUGGUUCAUUAAGAGUGUUCUUGAAAAGUGAAAUUCUUAGGAAAGUGAAAACAACUAUAGAUAAAUGCCACAGCGUUUGGAUGGCCCUUUCUGUUGUUAAAAUCAUUUUUUACUGAAUUCACACCAAGAACUUUGGAAUGGUGUAAGAUCCUUUGAGAAGACCUUCCAUGCUGAUAAUCAGUUUGUGCCUUUGCCAGAUAGUGGGUGUAAAAUAUAAAGGCAUGUUUUGGCAACAGUUAACACAGGUAUUUUGUAGUUACGUGUGUGCUGUGAAACAUCCUGAGAAGGAUAUGUAUUUCUUUUCAGUUCUCUAGGAUAGAUUAUUUAAAAGCAACAGCACAAUGUACUUGGUAUUCCUAAGUUGUAGUAUUUUUGUCCUUGAAACUGAAAAUUUUUUAAAGGCAUGACUUUGUACAGACAUCUUCAAAUUUGAUAUUCUGAGUGUUACACAAAAGCUUUAUUGUAGGAUUGGCCAGUAGUGCUAGCUGACUAUUGAAGAAUAUUCAAAAUAUUCAAUUAAAAUUAAAAGAACCAGUAAAACUUUUAAGGCCUAAUUGGUAUUAGAAACUAAUGUCAGAUCAUUUAAGAUUAACCACACUGUGUUCAGAGAACCAGCCAUUCUAGGCAUUGUAGACUCAAAAUAUAAAAUUGUUUCCUGAAGGAAUCUAUAAAGUAGUGAUGAGUCUAUGGCAGUGUCCUUUAAACUUUUUCACAUCACAACAUAUAUAGAAAGUGAUGGGGGCGCCUGGGUGGCUCAGUCGGGUGAGUGUCCGGGUCUUGAUCUUGGCUUGGGUCAUGAUCUCACAGUUUGUGGGUUUGAGCCCCACAUCUGGCUGUGCACUGACAAUGCUGGAGCCUGCUUGAGAUUUUCUCUCUCCUUUCUCUGCCCCUCCUCUACUUGUGUGUGCUCUUUCUCUCAAAAUAAAUAAAUAUUUUUUAAAAGAAAGUGAUGAUAUUUUUAAGGCAUAUCUGGGAAAAAUGGAUUAGGCUGUUUGCCACCUGUUCUAAGGGUUGAGGGUACUCGUAUCUUAGUACACCUUGAGACUGUUUCUAUUUUGGAAGGUGUGCUAUGGGUAACAAAAUAAGAGUAUUUACAAGAUAAACUUCAAACCUAAGUUAACAAGGUAGCUUUUUUUUUUUUUUUUUGAGUUUAUUUAUUUUGAGAGAGAGUGGGAGAGGGGCAGAGAAAGAGGGAGAGAGAGAAAAUCCCAAGCAGACUCCAGGCUGUCAGCGCAGAGCCCAGCUCAGGGCUUGAUCUCAGGACCCUUGAGACCAUGACUUGAGCUGAAAUCAAGAGUCAGAUGCUUAACCAACUGAGCUAUCCAGGCAUCCCCUAAGGUAGUGUGUAAAGAAAUGGCCAGCUGAGGAAGUUUUCCUGGAAUGCACACUCAUAUAUUUUGUAAGUAUGUAUGCAACUUAGGCAGGAAAUCCUCUUGUACCUUAAUGGAGUAUCAGAAUACAGCUAACGGGUUUCUAGUGUAGCUGGCUCCCUGGUAUGUCAUGGGUCAGACAGCAUUAUCCAGUUGAAAACUAAAUGUGACUUUGCUUUUAUACAUAUCUCAGUAUAAAUGAAAUCAACAGAAAGGAUAAAAUGAAAGUAAGUGUUCUUAUAAAACUAGAGAGUAUGGCUAAUAAGACAACUAGAACAUUUUAUCCCUAGUUUUGGUAUAAUCUAAGAAAACUGCUUAGUUUAAUGUCAUUUUUAACAUACAGUGGUUUUUUUUCUUUUAUUCUUGUGUACUAGGACUGUAACAGAAUAAUUUUUUUUUUUUUUUUUUUACUUAAACUGGCUAGAGAAUACAUAUAUCACAGAUGUCAAAUCAGCCACUCAUUCUCAUAACAAACCUUCACUAACACGAAGUUAAAGUUCUCUGAUUAAUAGAAGACCAUUAAGGAAACAAAGUUGGUUGGUAUGUCUCAGAAGAUAAUUUCUUGGGGAAAUUUGUGAAAUGCCCAGCUUUUAAACCAAAUAAAUAUCAAAGGAGUUCUCUUAAAAGGAUACCUCUGGAAGUCAUGACUGAACAGUAAAAGUCACUGUCUUCCUCAUUGCCUUCAAGUUUUGUUCUGCUAGGUUAGCAGAAUCUGAAUGAACACUGAUGCACAUCUCUUCCAGACUUAUACUUGAAAACGAGGGGUUGCAUCUUGCUUCCCAAAGGAAGGCUAAAGAGAAAUACCAAGGAGCCACGGAUCUCUUAGGUAUAAAUUAGACCCUUAAGGAAGACUUUACUUUCAGAAUGCCCAGGAAAAUAUAGGAGAUCAUUGUUCCAGGAAACUGAAAAUAUCUCAAAUGUAGAAAAAAAUUCUCAUGUGCAGUCAUUUCCCCCUUAUUUUGGAGCAUCACAAAGGAGAAAAAAAUAAAAAGGAAAUGCCAGAGACUUGUACUGGGAAAACCUUAAGCCGGUCUAAAUAUCCAGCAACACAGAUGAAUACAGAUACUGUGGUUUGUUAACGCUGGGGUAGCAUACAGCUGUUAAAAACUCCUCAGCUAGAGUUUCAUAUAGCAACAUAGUAUACAUAUUGAGAGAAAAACGCAAGUUGCAGAAAGGUAAGUACAGUUUUGAGUGUAAAUUUUAAAACUUCUGAGACUUUUAUGUACAGCAUAUGUAUAAGACAAGGAGUGGAGUCAAACAGAAUAGUGUAUUGUGGGGAGGAACAUAUGGGAACGGGAUUGGGGAACAGUAUGGAGAAUUCAAUUGUAUCUGUAAGAAUUUAUUUUGUAAACUAGGUGAUGGGUAAGCAGAUGUUUGUUACAAUAAUCUCAAUUUUUUUAUGUCUGAUAUUUUGUAACAAAUAUAACUUAGGCCAACACAUUUGGAACUCUGUAUGAGAGGAUAUACACACAGACACACACAAUUGACCCAAAUGAAGGUAGUAAAAAUGAUGAAGGUCAUAACCAUAGAAUAAAUUGAGGAGGAAAUUUACUAAUACCUCUUUAAAAAGUCAUUAGACCCAUAUUGUUUUAUAGUGAACUUGAUCAGACUUUCCAUAUGCAGAUCAUUUCUGUGCUCUAGACUUCCUGGAUGUCAGAAGGAGAUAGAAAUACAUUUAAUGAACCUGGCAUACAUAACCUUAAAGCACCAAAAAACUAUUGAUGAAUCUUCUCUGUAAAGUUAAAGGAACUACUGUCCAAAUCUACUACUGUACUGAUAAUCAAAGCAUGUUACUUUAUGACCGAACAAGAUUUAUCAGUGGAAUGCAAUGAUUAUUCCUUGUAAACAAAUCUAGUAAUGUAACUCAUUGCAUUAGCAGAGUAAAGGAAAGAAACACAGAAUCCUCCCAGUGAAAUAUUUUAUAAAAUUUUGUAUCAGUACUGAUUUUAAAGGCAGGAUCUCAGAUCAAUGGGGUAAAGAUGAAUGACUCUGUAAGUGGUGUUGGGACAAUAGAAUAGCCAGCUGGAAAAACUAAAUAAAUUUGGAUCCAUACCUCACACUUCAUACCAAGUUGAAAUUGGAUCAAAGAUCUAAUGGUAUAAAUUAUAAAAGUUCUUGAAGAAAUCAUGGUAACAACUUUCAAGUAACUUCAAAAGAGUAUUAGAAGACCUUUGUAAGACAAAGCUGACAAUCCAUACAAUAAAUAUAUUUGACUUCAUAAUAAUCAAGGUUUUGUGUAUGGCUUAAAAUACUCUAAGCAAAGUUGAAAGAAAAACCACCCACAGAAAACUUGUGUGCCACUUUUUUGACAAGUGGUUAAUUUUCCUUAUGUCUAAUAAGCACCCACAAAACAAUAAUUAAGAGUCUAAUAGGUAGUUGAAAACCAGAUCCUAUGAAGCUGGAGUCCCAUGACACUAUAGAAAGACUUACCUAUAUUGGACUGCCUGAUUGGACUUAGAAAAGUAAAUAAAUUUGUACCUUAUUUAAGCCACUGCUGUUUUUAAAAAUUACUUCUGUCUCAUUCUACAUACAAUUUGGUACCAGAAGUGGGGUCCUACAGGUAACAAAACCUAAAAGGUGGUGGCAUUGGCUAAAGGCAAUGUCUGUCAAUGGGUCUACUGACAUUUGAAUACAGUGCAAUGUGCAAACCCUGCACUCUGGUGCAUUUAUCACCUCUGCCCCAAAGGCCAAUGACACCUAAUCCUUGUAACAAUCAAGAACAGCCCCCUAGAGGAAAGGAAUAUUGUUCCAUUGGUUGGAGGAUUCAGGACACGGAUAUUGCAAGCUAGAAAGCUAAGCUAGAAAGCCAGUGGCCCUUGUUAGGCCCUGACAAAACAAAUUCUUGCGUCAAAUGCCUUGGAAAGUAGAAUGGGGAAGAUGGCAGAAGAUUCAGAAUGGUGACCCACUGUGCCCUCAGGCUAAAGAUAAUCUCCCAGCUGAGAUGGAAGGAAAGGGUUAACAGCUUGAACUUAAUCCCUCCUGUGUCUGGGAUGUUUUGAGGAGAGGAACCCAGUUGGGUUUCUUGCAACAUUGGAUCUUUCAAAGAUUGCAUGUACUAAUUAUUGAUUUCCUGAAACUGCCAGGAUUGAUCAUUCUCUCACUUGUAAUGUUUAGACUGCAGUUCCAAAGUGAUAACAUAAGCUGGACAACAUUGAAGGCAAGGAUGAGAAUAAGGAUAUUAUUACCUUCCCAUUUAAACCCAUUGUUUCAGAAGGUGUGUUAGUUUUUUAUUGCUGUGUACCAGAUUAUAACAAAGGUGACAUCUAAAAACAAGGCAGAUUCAUUAUCUUAACAGUUUCCAUGGGUCAGGAGUCCAGUCACCUCUUAGCUGCAUCCUCUGUUCAGGGUCUCACCUAGCCGAAAUCAAAGUGAUGUCUUAGACUACAAUCUCACCUGUGACGGGGUUUCCUUCCAAGCUCUUGUGGUUGGCAGAAUUCAGUUCCUUAUGAACUGAAUGUAGGAAUGGGAUGAUUAUGUAAUUUAUUACCCAAACCUGGGUACUUUUGAGAGGCCAAGGGGAGCUUUAAUAAUUGCACGGAUAAUAGGUGUAAACAGGUACGAUUCUAGGCAAACUGUGUGGCCUCCCUAAUCAAACAGUCCCAGUUGUAACCAGGAAUGGUAAUGGAAAAUGAGAAACUGGGGCACCUGGGUGACUCAGUUGGUGAAGGUCUGACUUCAGCCCAGGUCAUGAUCUCACAGUUCCAUGGGUUCGAGCCCCGUGUCCGGCUCUGUGCUGACAGCUCAGAGCCUGGACCCUGCUUCGGAUUCUGUGUCUCCCUCUCUCUCUUUUCCUCCCCUGCACACGCUUGCUCUCUCAGAAACAAAUAGAAGAUUUUUUUUUUAUUAUUUUGAAAAGAAAAUGAGAAAUCUUCCUGGGAAGAAUGGACAAGGAGUUUUUCCCAAAGAGCAGAAUCAGGGCUUCUCCAUGGGCUAACCAAGGAACUCACUUUAUUGCCUGACUAGGAGGACCUUGAAAUAACUGCAGAGUGGUAUUUGAUAAGCAACUAUGAUAGGUGAUUUCCACUUUGUUCCAUUUUUGAAUCGUGAUUAUUCUUUUCCUACAACUCCACUUUAUAGUGGGUGUUUUGGGGUGGAUAGCAUCUUUUAAUUUAUGGUUGCUGGACACUGAGGAGAUGCAUUUGUUCCUGAUGAGGAAACCUACAUACCCAGAGGUCUUGGACUUUGAGGUGACUGCAGUCAGAGGGUAGGUAUUUGGGGUAUCUCCUUAGGGAGGGGUGGGAAACUACCCUGUGUGCUAAGAAGGGUGCAUUUACACAGGUCAAAGGGAUAAUCUGACAAAAUUGCUAGCUGCCCCCAGUAUCCAUUUUUAGCUGUUCAUCUGCUCUUGCAGAAUAAAGACUAUAUUUCCCAGCUUCCUUUAGAGCUGUGUAACUAAAUUGUGGCUAAUUAGAUAAGCAAAAUUGUUGUAGGGUAACUUCUGGGAACUUUCCUAGAGAUUUGAACCUAUAUGCAUCCUUCUUGUUUUCCUCUUCCGGUUGCCUGAAACUUGGAUGCCACUAUCUUGGGUCAUCAGGGUCAGGCACACGUGAUAUAUGAGAACUAUAUGAGCUUGGACCAUCUAUUUGGAUUUUUACCUGGGAAAUAAAUAUCUGUUUUAAGCCACUGCUAGUUUGUUUCUUGUCACCUGCAACACAUAACCCUAAAAAAAUGGAGCUCCAUCCCCAUCCCAUCUGAUAUUAAAUAA